AUGUUCUCUAAAGUCGUAGCCGUAAGCGCGGUGUUUGCUGUAGCAUCAGCGGGUCUUCUGCCAGCAGCGCAUUACUCUCAAUCUGCUGCAGUUUCCUCACAGAGCAUCGUGCGCCAUGACGAGGCCCAGCCUGUAGCCCACGUCGCUCAUGUUGCUGCUCCCGCUCACUACGCUGCUGCCCCCGCUCACUACGCCGCUGGCCCCGUUCACUACUCUGCUCCCGUAGCCCAUACUGAGGAAUACGUAAGUGUCUCAACUUACAUACUUUUUUGUUAA